CAUAAACCUGACGUUUGCCUCUUGAUACCGCAAGCAUCCUCAGGCACACGCAAAAUUCCAGCGGCUCCGGACAGAAUUGUAAGUACUGAUCUACGGCGCCAUUCUCCAUUCGUCGCUCGCAAUCUGCGCGUCGACCCCUCCGAGGCAGCUCACCCCUUAGCGCGACUCCACACGUCAUCGCCAGCCACAGCGACGGCGGCUCAGGGUUGUUUGCCAACUGAACCGUCUCCUAACAUAUAUUCGUCAGGGUCUACCUUACCGUUGCAGCCAGUAUCCACGACCAGGCAGUGAGCCUGACCAGCACCCACCAUGGCGAUGCAGCGACCAGUGACCCCUUCGGCCUCGUACGACCCCGUACCGCAUAUAGAAGACCCUGCCCACAUCAGCCGUGGCUAUGGCAAUUCCUCUGUGAACGACUUUGCAAACUCGCCGGCAGGCGCGCAACAUGACCGCUCGCGCCUAGGGAGGUUCGAGGAGGAUUUCGAUGCGCGCACACGGGGCUCGUCUGUCCUUGACGGUGACAUGCACCAGCGCUCCUCCUCGCGCUCCUCCACCCUGAACCAGGGCGCAACGCCUUCGCGCAGUGGCACCCUCAAGAAGAAAAGCUCAGUCAAGAGGACGGGAAGCAUGAAGCGCAGCGGGAGCAGGAAAUCCAUGCAUGCCGGAUCCAUUAGGGGCGUGACCAUUGACGACCAAGAGCGCGGCUACGACCGCGAGGACAGUGUCUUCUACACACCCGUGCCUACCAAAGGCACCCCCACCGAGAUACUGGCAGACCGAUUUCAGACCUGGCGCAAGUUCCUCAAAGACCUCAUCACCUACUUCCGCGAGGUGGCAGCCUCCUACGAACACCGCGCCAAGUCGCUGCUCAAAGUGUCCAACGUGAUCAACAACACCAAUGCGCCCGCCGCUCUUCUCGUAGAAGGAGGCCUCAAUGACGCCAACCGUAUUCUCCGCGACUUCCACAAGCAGGCCAUUCUUGAGGCCAACAAGGCGCGAGACGUUGAGGCAGAUGUUAUCAAUCAGCUCAGCGGCCUCAGAGCCGAUCUUGCACAAAAGAUCAAGGAGAUCAAAUCGCUUUCAGGCGACUUCAAGAACAACGUCGAGAAGGAAAAGGAGACUACGAGGAAGUGCGUGACAGCACUUGAGGAGGCAUUGGCCCUGGUCGAUUCUGACCCCACUGCUGUCGCGGGCAAGGGAGAUCCCUAUGUCGUUCGUCUGGGCGUCGAGCGCCAAGUCGAGAGACAGAUUGACGAGGAGAAUUAUCUUCACAGAGCGUACCUCAACCUUGAGAACUCUGGCCGCGAACUCGAAUCCAUCGUUGUUGGUGAAGUACAGAAGGCCUACAAUGCUCUUGCUAGUAUCUUGAAGCGCGAUGCCGAUGAGCAGUACAACACGGUAGAGAAGUUGCGCAAUGGUCCGAUUGCGAUGCCGCGCGAUCUCGAGUGGAGCAGGUUUGUGAGGAGCGACCCUCACUUCGUCAACCCAGACAUGCCGCUGCGCAGACUGGAAGACAUACAGUACCCCGGAAAAUACCACCCAGCUACCACCGAAGUCAGGGCAGGCAUGCUUGAGCGGAAGAGCAAGUAUCUCAAGUCCUAUACGCCAGGCUGGUAUGUUCUAUCUCCUACGCACAUCCACGAGUUCAAAUCGGCCGAUCGCAUCUACACUCAGCCUCCGGUCAUGUCCUUGUAUCUGCCAGACCAGAAGCUUGGUUCUCGUUCCCAGCCCGGAAGUUCCUCCCACAAGUUCGUUGUCAAAGGCCGUCAGGCUGGAUCUAUGCACCGUGGCCACACCUGGGUAUUCCGGGCAGAGACUUACGAAACUAUGGUGGCGUGGUUUGAAGAUAUCAAGGCCUUGACCGAGAAGAGUGGAGAGGAGCGCAAUGCCUUUGUUCGUCGCCAUGCAAGCGUCAGGAGCACCAGUGCUGGCAGCGCCCGUUCAGCGAGCUCUGAUGGCGGUCUAGAAGAAGACGAGGCAGAUGCAGUCCCGUUCUCAGCCAACCAGUCGAUGAAGGAACAGGCCAUUCGGGACCAGUCUCCGCGACCUUCACGGCCUUCUCCAGGUGGGCGAUUCCCGUCUGAUUUGAUGGUCAACCGUAACUUACAAGCGCCUCUCUCGCCAUCUAGUGGAAGUUCAGAGGUCGGCAAUGAUCUAACAACUAUGUCCGGAGGUCCCCCACAGGAGGUUCACCCGAUGUAUCUUGCCCAAACCGCACCCUACCAGCCCGAACCGGUCCAGCCAGUCCAGUAUACCCAGCCCAUCCAGCAUCAACCCCAAACCAAUUUCGUAAAUCCAAACCCACCCACUCAGCAGCCAUAUGAUCCGCUGACUACUGACCCUUCUUCGUACACGCCCAUUCCCCAGACUUACCCUGUCCAACCAGCCUCAGUCAACCAGCCAUCCUUGGAGCAUGCUCAACCUAUCCAACGCCAUGAUAGUAACAACUACGGUAACUGGAUGGCACCUGCUGUUGGAGGAGCAGCAACUGGAGUUCUUGCAAACGAAGCAUACAGGAAGAAGCAGUUGGCUCAGCAACAUCUCGAUGCCCAACAUCAGCAGGACCAAACACAACAAUACCCGUUUGACCAGUCUCGAGCAGCGGCCUUUUCAGACGCUACUCCUACGCAGGUUCCAGAACGGCAUCCGGAUCACAUCCUCCCCGACCAGAUCGAUGAUACUGGCUACGUAGCUCCGUCUGCAGCACCUGCUGUGCAGCCAACAUCUGCCCCGAUCGUCGCACCUAUCUCCAGUGGCCAGACUCAGCCUCAUCAUGCCAGCAGUCCAGAUACACUAGCAACCACGUCGUCUUUUUUAGGCGAGUCUGAGGUCGGCGCCGCCCCUGCCUUUGGCAAGACUGUCAAUGGGGGACCCGUUCCAGUCGACCUUGUGGAUGCUGCAGACGAGAUGGUUCACCCUGGAAUGGGUAAGCGGAUAAACACCGACAUCAGCGUUAGUGAUCUGCAUGUUCCGGGUGAGUAUCCCAAGACGACUGUCGGUGAUGCCACGAGUGCUGCUAGGAUGCCCACCGGAACCACAACGUCGCAGCAGCCCACAACUUUUCUGAAGUACAAUUGAUCAAGUAAUGGCAACGACUGAACGAAAUUGGGUCAUGGAUUAUGUAGUAAUACGAAUCGGACGACUAGGAUAAGGGCUUACGAACAAUGGCCGGUCAAGGGCAGGCUAUGGGUUUGGUAAAGAGCAGGUAUACAUCUGGGUUGCCUUUUUGUGAUGACCUUUGCGAUGGAUGUUGCAACACCUUUCUCCGCGAUUCUUUCUCUCGUUAGAGCGUGUGAGCACACGUGCUCAUGCGUCUUCCAUACCCCUUGAUACCCAGCGUGAUACACGUCACUAGUACAUAGAGAUGGUAAUUUGUGUUAAUAUUUUGUUACAAUCCAUUCCUGAACGUCAUUUUGUCUUGAAUCUCACUGGAAAGGUCUCAACGAUCGAAGACCAUUCACUCAAAGACUGCAUGUAAGCGAUAUAUUC